GUUCAGGCGAUGCCGAGGACAGAAAGCUUCGCGAUUAACGCAGUUUUAGUGUAAAAUGCACAAGCUGCCACAAGAUAUCGUCGAUUGUGUAGUUGGCAUAAUGGACGAUGGACCUGAGCCUAUGAAGAAUUUUAAACCCGUGCAGAAAAUAAAAAAUGGCCUGGAGAAAUUCUGGGCGAGCCACCAAGCGCAAUACGAGGCACGAGGCAGAAGCAGUGGGAGUCGUGUGAACCGUGUGCACCGACACAAUGCUGCUUAUCCCAAGCUGAUUGAUGAACUGGACAGGCGUCGGUCGAUGACGAAGAUAACUGCUCUAAAGAAAAAAGAUAUAAAGUUCCGAAGAGAUCCAACUUCCAAUGGUUGCGCUAAAUUUAAAAGGAACAAGUACAGGCGCCGCGGCCGCGCUAAGUCCAAAGCAAAAUCGAAGUCACGCACACACCGCGUCUCGUCAAGAACAAAAAUAAGUAAACCACAUUCCAAAGGGAAUAAUCGCAAUAGGUUUGCAUCACAUUUUGUGACAACGGGAUGUCAGUGCGCGUACGUAUUGGUGAAAGAUAAAAAAUUGGGCACAGAUUACGCGGGAAUUUUCAAUAUGGAAUCCAAAUUGAAUGUCAAUAUGUCAAAAGUAAUAACUGAUGCGAAGGCGGCAAAAGCACCGAGUUCUAAUGCAUCGAAGACACAGGCUAAAUCUGUUAAUUCGUCGAAAUAUCCCGAUACCAGUGUAGCGUCUAUGAGUACAUAUCAUAGUUACGCUACUCUUGAUCAAGAGCCAAUGGUUUGAAAGUUAAAUUAUGUUUUGUAAUGAUAACGUCUUUG